GCCCGCCCCUUCCGGGUGUCGGCGCGGCGGCGGGCGCAGCAUGAGGCGGGUGACGCUGUUCGUCAACGGCAGCGCCCGCAACGGGAAGGUCGUGGCUGUGUAUGGGACUCUCUCAGAUCUGCUCUCUGUGGCCAGCAACAAGCUUGGGAUCAAAGCCACCAGCGUUUACAACGGGAAGGGGGGGCUCAUUGAUGAUAUUGCUUUGAUUAGGGAUGAUGAUGUUUUGUUUGUCUGUGAAGGGGAGCCCUUCAUUGACCCUCAGACUGAUGGGAGAGCUCAGGAGGAGCUGACAGGGUCCCACACAGACUGGCUGACUCUCAAUGUGGGAGGCAGAUACUUCACCACCACCCGGAGCACUUUGGUUAACAAAGAGCCUGACAGUAUGUUGGCACACAUGUUCAAAGACAAAGAUGCUUGGGGGAAUAAGCAAGAUCCUAGAGGAGCUUUCCUCAUUGACCGCAGUCCCGAGUAUUUUGAGCCCAUUUUGAACUAUUUGCGGCACGGACAGCUCAUUGUAAAUGAUGGCAUUAAUUUGCUAGGGGUUCUGGAAGAAGCCAGGUUUUUUGGGAUCGACUCCCUCAUUGAACACCUGGAAGUUGCUAUUAAGAACUCGCAGCCAGCCGAGGAUCACUCUCCCAUCUCUCGGAAGGAGUUUGUCCGGUUCCUGCUGGCCACGCCCACCAAGUCCGAGCUGCGCUGCCAGGGGCUGAAUUUCAGUGGGGCCGACCUUUCCCGCCUGGAUCUUCGCUACAUCAACUUCAAGAUGGCCAACCUGAGCCGCUGCAACCUGGCCCAUGCCAACCUGUGCUGUGCCAACCUGGAGAGAGCUGACCUGUCUGGCUCCGUGCUGGAUUGUGCCAACCUGCAGGGGGUGAAGAUGUUGUGUUCCAACGCAGAGGGAGCAUCCCUGAAGGGCUGCAACUUCGAAGAUCCAUCAGGCCUUAAAGCUAAUUUGGAAGGUGCCAACCUGAAGGGAGUGGACAUGGAGGGCAGCCAGAUGACCGGCAUCAACCUGAGAGUGGCCACGCUGAAAAACGCCAAACUCAAGAACUGCAACCUGCGAGGGGCCACGCUGGCAGGGACUGACCUGGAGAAUUGUGAUCUGUCAGGUUGUGACCUGCAGGAAGCAAAUCUGAGGGGAUCCAACGUGAAAGGAGCCAUCUUUGAGGAGAUGCUGACACCCCUACACAUGUCCCAGAGCGUCAGAUAGGGGCAGAGGAUGCUGGAGAGGAAGGAAUCAGACAUUCAUCGUGACUUGCUUCACCUCCUCCCCUUCCUGAGUUACAGUCAUGGUUAUUAGCCACCUUACAUUUGCAGUAGUGCCUAGGUAAACUCUUUUUGAUCACUUUUGGGGAGGGAAUUUUUGUUUUCAGAGGUUUGUACCUCUGUGAGCAGAGUGAGGAAGUGGGCUGGUGCUGGAAUCAGAGAGUGGCUGGUUUGGGGGGGAAAGGUUCAGUGGUUUCAUUGUUUAGCAUUGCCUCACUUUGGAAUGCAUUUUAAUUUAUAAAGCACAAUAUAUGCAAUUCUAUUUAUUAAAUCUGUAGCUGCAAUAUGAAUAGAAGAUGUUACUCCUGUACAGUAGCAACCAAGUUGAGGUUUACAGGUGUAUUUCCAGUCUGGAUCCGUGCCAGGGGGGCUCAGUGUCCCCAGGGGGUGCUCAGGGCUCUGCUGGGGUGGAAGCUGAUGGGAACAUCCCUGCUCACAAAUUGGAUAUCUUGAAUUAAUCCUCUCCAAAUGAGCGUGGAGGUGCACUGUCAGUCACAGCUGGUGACACAAAUCCUGCUUUCACGUGUCCUGAUCACUCCAGGCUGCAGCUGCUGCAGUUUUCACCCUUUGUGGUGAAUUCAGUGCAGAGAGGAAAGUCCAGAGCUGGCACCAAAGCAGAGAGAGGCAGAGGGGCCCUCCCCUCACCCCCCCAGCAGGUGAACAUUUCCCUGUUUCCCUCCAUGCUCUAUGCAAAGCCUCCCUGACAGCUCCCUGGGCGUUUCCCAGCUGGGUCUCCUCCUGUGUUUGGGCUGCUCCAGGUGCUGCCAAAUCCUCGUGCCUGGGGCCAGGAGCCCUCCCUGCCCUCCCACGGCUGCUGGGCUGGCACAGAGCAGCUCUGGGCAGGCAGGGCCUCAGCACUGCUGUGGAUGAGGAGCUGCUCCCUGCAGGGCCCACGGAGUUCUCAGCUCACACCACCUUUAUUUUACACACAAUCAAAAAGCACAUGAAGAAACUAUACCAAAAAAAAAAGAAAAAAGGUGCAUCAAGAACUUACCUCAGAUGCUUAAACCACCCCAAAGUUAAAACUAACCUUGAAUUUAAGGAAAUCAAGCUGUUACUGUAGAAAUACAAAGGAGGAAUAAGAACCAGUGGAGUUCCACAGGUCUCCGGGGGUUGUCUCUCCCUUGCAGUGCAAUUUCUGUCGUCUUGUCUCAGUUGUUGUUACACAAAUGCUGCUUUGCCCCCAGGCUGGGAGGAUCAGAGGUGGUUGAGGGUCAGCAGAGGAUGUGUUGGGGGGAAUUGCAGGAUUUUCCCUCCUUUUCUAGUUGGUUUGACUCAGGUGAGUGAUGUGAACUUUCAAGGCUCAAAAUCCCAGAGCCACGAGGUUCAGAACUGGGAUCAUUUCCUGCAGAUCCCUCUGGAUCAAGCUCUAGGACAACACAAUAUCCUUGGAGAAAUGACCUGUAAAUUCCAGGGAAAUAUUCCAGUGUGACUUUGGAGUCCUUUCUCACACCUCAUGGCUUUCAGUGGGAAUGUUGUGUCUAUUGCAGUAGGAGAAGAUUCCUAGGGCUAGAGAAACAAAUGAAUUAUUUUUCUUUAUCAUAUUUUGUAGCUGGCAGAAGUAAAACUAUUGUAUGGAAAAAAUAUAUAUAUAUAUAUAUCUAUUUUCAUAAUCACUGUGUAUAAAAUCUCUUUGAACUUUCACUGAAGCACUAUGGAAUAAUCACAGCAUGUGGCACCAUCAUUCACAGCUGGAUUUUUGGUACCUCUUUUGCCAGGACAGAGCUGUGGCAAGAGCCCUGUGCAGAAUUUGCAGGUUCCAGCUAAUUUAAGUUGCAUUAAUAAAAAGUGUGAAAGAAGAAAA